UUUUCCCCCUCGGCUCAGCUCGACUUAUUGUUCUACUUAAUCCACUCGACGUGUCAGUCGACGAAGAAACUCUCGUCAGUGACGUUUUCAUUUCUUGCGGUCUCUUUCGCUUUUCGAGAUGCGCGAGAAAAUGGCACGAAUGAUUCUGGAAUUGUGUCGAGCAGAGUGUCGACACGGAUUCAUUACGACGGCUACAAGGUCGUCAGGUCGGUGGCUUUGACCCCGAAUCAACUGCUGGGGCUCUGGGAUUUGACCUGGGAAACGGAUUUUGAUUUCUGGUCAUUUCCGACUUCUAUGUUCUUGCCGGUGGAUAUUGUGGUAGCACCGGAAAAUUAUGAACGUCUCAGGACGGAAUUGAAACAAAGGACGACUGUGUCCCAAACUAGUCGACCAACUUAUGUCUACUACACCUUUCCUGGGAAAAGGACGCACGCUAGGGAAUGGAUCACGGUGUCGACCGUGAUGUACUUCGUCGAAGAAUUGGCAAAACUGAGUCUGACGGACACUUUGCGAGCCAAUUUCGAUUGGCACAUCGUGCCAGUGGUGAAUCCCGACGGAUACGAGUACACGCACAUCACUGACAGAUUCUGGCGCAAAAACAGGGCUCCGAUUACAGGGGUUCGAGUCCGGAGAAGUGUUGAGACGGGAAAGUAUCAAGUGACGACCCCCGAGGACUCAGAUCCGCAAUUUGCCAAAAAUUGGGAAAGCCAGCUGAAUCAUGGAACCAACUUCAGAGUGAAUCGGUCAAAUGGUCAUGACUUCCAAUCAACUUCUGAAUCCUCUAAACUGAAGACAACAAAAUCAAUAUUUGACGGACAAGGCGAACAAGAAGUGACAAAAUUUUGCGUUGGGACGGACCUGAACAGGAACUGGGGUUACUACUGGGGCAAAAUCGGGGUUGAUUGGAACCCAUGCAGUUACACAUUUCCUGGAAGGUCGGCGUUUUCUGAAAAAGAAACCCAGGCUAUGAGGGAUGCUUUGGAGCCCGUGGCAAAAAGAACACAAUUGUACAUUUCUUAUCACAGCUACGGAGAAAUGAUUUUGCUCCCUUGGGGUUACUCUUACUUGGUUCCCGGGAAUUUUCAAGAUAUGAAGGAUAAAGCCAGGAUCUAUUCCGGAAAAAUGAAAACCAACUACAAAGUUGGCUCUGGAACUUGGAUUUUGUACCCUGCGGCUGGUGUCACCAUGGAUUGGGCAAAAUCCAAAGGAAUUCAGUAUGUCUUCACCUUUGAACUAUCUCCUGGAAGAUUCAUGUCAGUGCCUGGAUUUGCUAUACCAUCCACCGAAAUUACCCGAGUUGGCUCUGAAAACUGGGAUGGCUUGAAGGCUUUAGCGGAGGAAUUGACAAGAACUAAUCAUUCCGAAUGUGCUGUAAAAAAGGAAAUGAAUUGGGGAUACGAGAUCAAGGCUCGAACUAUUCCCCCUCAGAAUGUGUUGCAAAAAUUGCGAUUUCGGGAAAUUCAUUGGAGUGCGCGGAGACGGUCGAUUUCAAACCUAGCGACAGAGUUCUACAAAUCGGUGUAUCCGAACUUUUCUGUGGUGAACGUCGCAAAGCCUCCGACGUUUCUGAGGAAAUUUUCUCUUGAUGGACGCUAUAUGAUAGGAUAUGCAGUGGAAGGAAAUUAUCUCGAAAUUUACCGCUACAACGGCCCCUGUGCCGCAGCGGAUUUCAUGGCCCGGUCUCACUUUUGUAAUGACCCGCAAGGAACAGAGGAAAGUAUUUUGUUGGACGCCUUGGAUGAACGUCGUCGUGUGUUCAGUUUGUAUUUCACAUUAAAGCAUCGUAUCCACAUUGGUGACGCGGAUUAUCAACUCAGUCGGGAAUGUUGCCUUUUCACUCCGAACAACAAGUAUGUGAUCGUCGCUUCUUUCUGCACGCUGGUCGACCGUAAUCCGUUCAUGUUUGACAUGUAUCGCUCGAAUGAGAGUCCUACGAAUUUGGUUCCACUCGAAAAUAUUUUCAUUGACAUGGUGGAACUCGAAACCGGGAUGAUCACGGAUAGAAUUACCUUCAUCGCCGACAAGAUAAUGUUGGUCAACAAUGGUGGAUUGCAUAUCUUUGAUGAUACAUUUUCUGUUUUGUCGCUGCAACAACAAGUGGUUCAUAUUUUCAAGAUCACGGAUCAUGGGUCUUUCGUGCCUGUGAGGAAAAUUGGAAGGUUUUGCUUUGAUGAUGACGAACUACUGAUUGGUUCAGUGCUUCCCAGAGAAGAUCGGUAUCCGUUUGAAGAAAAAUGCUUUGGUGCGCUCAAGCAACGGAUUUUAGCGCACUUAUUCCUUCAAGCAAAAACGCGGGAAGAGAAGCGAAAUUUCGCACGCGAUUUUGACCUGUAUGCCAGUCUGAGAAUGUGGAAAGUGCAGCUGUUGGAUGCGAAUCAUCUCCUGAUCAAAUAUGCUUCUGAAUCCAUUGUUACCAUACGAAGAGCUGAUGGUCCUCCUCACGCACCGAAUACUUAUCCAAUUUUUUUCGUGAUCUAUGAAAUGACACAAGCGAAAGUUCUGGGGGUUUAUGAGAAUUCUUCUCCCGAACUGUUGUCAUUAUUUGAGCAGUACUCGGAUUUCUUCUAUUGCACACAUCUGGUUGCUUCUCCGAACACAAGCGUUGCGGCAAGGAAAAUUCACCAGCGCUGCAAGCAAACCAUGACCAGUGCAAAGUACGGUGGUUCAUCUGAAGCCACGAAACGCCUUCUGUCCCUGUUACCGAUCGGAGCUCAGUCGCAUUUGAUAACUCCGUAUUUGGAUGUGGACCUGUUUAGUUAUGACGAAAAAUAUAUUUCACAGUUGGACAGACCGAAAGCCAUUCCGGAUUCGCCAGUGAGGUUUUAUGGUCGGGAUUCGCAAUUGUUGAAGUUCAAAAUUCACACAGGACUUCCGCGGGGAACGCAUUCUGCGCAGUUUUCCACCUCGAGAAGACCAGUGGCAUUUUUGUUCCAUCCGUAUGAUCCGUUUGCAGUGUCUGUGCAGCGGACAAACGUGGAUUAUGUGCCGUUUUUGUUGAUCGACACCGGAAACAGGGAAGCGCUUCUUCAAGUUAUGUCUCGAUCAAUGCUGGUAAAAUUUUGCCUAGAACUUUGGGCUGAUGCGCCAUCUUUGGAUGUGUUGAAAAAGGACUUACUAUCGGAGAAAAUGACGGAUUAUUUUGCGCCGUACGAACAUAAAAGCUUCCGAAUGGUCGUGGACUCUUACGGAAAAGCCAUGUUGAACCGCGAUAAGUUGGCGAAAAUUGACAUUGCCAACGGCCAGCGGAAAAAAUUAUGGUCUUUCAAUCUGAAGGAACGAAUUUAUAUCGGGAAUACGUCCAUGGAAUGCACUUCUGCGUUCAUCAUGUCGAAUCUUGCGAAAGUUCGUGAUGGAGACGUCGUUUUUGACCCAUUUGUUGGAACAGCUUCAAUUUUGAUAAGUGCUGCUCAAUUCGGAGCAUCUGUUGUGGGAGCAGACAUGGAUUUUCUCACGUUGCACGCUCAAUCGAAGCCGACGCGGGCUGAGAAAUCGAGAGAUUUAAACAAGUCGGAACGAAGAAGGAGACAGCGUGGCGAGAACGAGAGCAUCCUUGCAAAUUUUCAGCAAUACGGAUUGACGUCAAAAUUCAUGGACGUCGUUUUGGCCGAUGCGAAUCAGAGCCCGUGGCGAUCUGAUCUUAAAUUCGAUGCGAUUUUGACUGAUCCACCGUAUGGAAUUCGGGAAGGAACGAAGAAAAUUGGACCCAGGAAACGAGACGUGGAGAUGACUGAGGAACAGAUCAAACGUUAUAUUCCGACAAGAAUACCGUAUGAAUUAUCAAACAUCUACUCUGAUCUCAUCGACCGAAGUGCUCAUCAGUUGGUUGUCGGCGGACGAUUAGUCUUCUGGAUCCCAGUGAUUUUAGAUUCCUAUUCCGAAGAUAUGGUUCCGAAACAUCCUUGUUUCAAUUUAAUCGCCAGUUGCGAGCAAGUCCUUACUGGUCAUUCAGGAAGAAGAUUGAUUGUGAUGGAGAAAGUUCGAGAACCGGUGGGAAACGAAAAGGCCACUGUUCCAGAGAUGGAGGAUUUCGCGAAGCGUUAUUUUGCGGGCAAAGUGAAACUGUACGUGAAAUACUUCGGAUUGUUGAAGAGUGUCGGAGUUGAGCCAGAACAAUGGCUAGAAAUGCGGAAAAGGCGAUUGAAUUCUGGACAACCCUUGCUCGCUGGAGAGCAGCGCAAUUGGGUGAAGACAAGAACGAGAGAAGACCUUACCUUGCCUCAAUGGUCAGCAACGUCAAAGAAGCAGAAAAAUGGCGUGUGCAAAUCAUCAGAGAGAUCUCAAAAAAGGUUUCGCAAAUCCAGAACGAAGUAUCCCUUGCUUGACUUAAUUUCAAUCAUUCCCGCAGCUGGAUUGGGCGAAUUCAAAAUCCGCGACUUGAACGACGAGAUAAACAAGCUAUUGAGAGAAAAGCGGCAUUGGGAAAUCCGGAUCGUGGAGCUGGGAGGUCCCAACUACCGCCGUUUCGGUCCGCGAAUGCUGGACCACGAAGGACGCGAAGUACCCGGAAACCGUGGCUACAAGUACUUCGGUGCAGCUCGGGACCUUCCCGGGGUUCGCGAGUUGUUUGAACAAGAACCUCCGCCACCACCGAGAAAAACCCGAGCGGACUUGAUGAAGGAAGUGGACGCGGAUUACUACGGGUACCGAGAUGACGACGAUGGGGUUCUGGUUCCCUUGGAACGCGAGGCUGAGAUGAAAGCCGUGCAAGCCGUUAUGGAGGAGUGGAAGGCCAAGGGAGUGGAAGUUCGUGACAAGCUGGAAUUUGAUCCGGAAAGAGAAAUGGAUAUCGGAGAGGGCAGAACGAUUGUGCAUGUACUUGUGCCAACUCAAAAAGAUAUCGAGCUGGGUUUGCUGAAUAGAAGAAAGCGUGAAUUGCUCGCGGAAUAUGUUGAUGAUGAUCUUGAUGACGAUGAUGGAGGAGGUGGUGAUGAUCAAGAAGAAGCAGGGGAGAAAACGAUUGUCAGUGAUGCGAAUAUGGAAGAAGCAUAA